AAACCAACUGUGUGUGUGUGUGUGUGUGUGUGUGGGCAGGCACAUGGGAGAUAAGUUGUGCGAUUGAGAUUGGAUGUGUGGACAGUAAUUAUGGUUUCCGUUGCAAGGCUGAAGAAUUAUGUGAUUGCAGGUCUUAGCGCUUGUGGGGGUGCAGCUAUAGUAUACUAUGGACUUAUUUUCGAUAGAAACAGGAAACAGGCCUUGCAGGCAGCUUACACGGAUAAUUUUACACCAAGUGUUAAAUGGGACAAAAACUGGGAUAGGAUGGAGCCAACCUCACUUGUAAAAUCUUCCAAAGGGAGUUCAGAUGACAAUAGGUAUAACGAGGAGUUAGAGAAACAAAAGUCAACUGCUACACGUAAUUUAAUACUGAUACGUCAUGGUCAAUAUAACCUAUCUGGCGAAACGGACGCCGAAAGAGUUUUAACUGAACUUGGAAGGAAGCAAGCAGCUCUGACAGGGCAGAGAUUGAAGGAACUUGAUAUGCCUUAUACGUGUCUUAUUCGCUCCACAAUGGCACGAGCUGUGGAAACUGCAAAAAUUAUACAUAGCUACUUGCCAGAUGUACCAGUGCAGGAUUGCAAUAUGCUGGAGGAGGGUGCGCCAAUACCACCGGAGCCACCAGUUGGACACUGGAAACCAGAAGUAUUUCAGUUUCAUCGUGAUGGUGCUCGAAUUGAGGGUGCAUUCAGGAAGUAUUUUCAUAGAGCCAAACCCAGUCAAACUUCGGACAGCUAUGAGAUCCUUGUCUGUCAUGCAAAUGUCAUUCGCUACUUUGUGUGCAGAGCACUGCAGUUUCCUCCUGAAGCUUGGUUGCGUCUGAGCCUGAACCAUGCAAGUAUUACAUGGAUUGUCAUCCGUCCCAGCGGAUUUGUUUACUUACGUUCUCUUGGUGACACCGGUCACAUGCCUGCAGCAGACAUUACAUCCACAUAAACUUUGAGAGGAGAAACUAGUUUUUUUAAGUGGAGUUGAUUAUUGUUGCUAUUUUUGGACUGAGCACAACUGUGGAAAAAAUAUGAUGUGUACUUUUGAUCUGUUUGCUGUGUAAUUAGAUUGUGUGAAGUGACAUUUUUUGUGUGUGUGAUAACCAGCUUUUUAAGGAAUCUUCAGACAUUUAGUGCCUGUUGUAGGGAAAUUUUUUGGGGUAUUAACAGAAAUGAGACUUCCACCUUCUAUUCUUGAGCUGCAUUUGUUUUUUACCAACAAAACAUAUUGAACAUUUUAGCACUAAAAUAUGGUGGUGUAUUUCAUUUGAACAUUUUGUGUGACAUUUGGAAUGUGUUAUUCACUGUAUAUUCAUUUAGUUAAAUUUAUUUAAAAUAUUGGACAGUUAGUAAAAUUAGAAAUGUUGUGUAUCGAAAAGACAACAUUGAAGAUGAUGAGGAUCAGUAGUCAUAGCACUGCCUAUCAUGCAGACCAUUGAGGCAAGUCACCAGACACCAACUUGAUGUGAAAUGAUGACUGAUGAAUAGGAUAAAACUGUUGGAAGACACACAUUGAGCUGCUUGAAAAUUUUAGUUAAUUUAUGUAAGAUUUACUCUGCAAGUCAAAUAGGCUUUCUUUGAAAAAUUUUACAAUGCAUAUGGCAACUAGACAGAUAUCCACUGAACAGAAAGGCUGAUUACUUUGUUUCUGUUACUAAAUAGUUCUCUUUAAAGCUGGAGAGUCAGAGAGAAGGUGUAUUUACUACCUCUUUCUAUGAUACGAGCAUAUAGUUUUGUACGUGCCCAUCAAUACCAGGAAUAUUGUUCUCAUAUUUCUUGUUCAUGUUGUUUAUCAUAUAUUGUCUCUAAUUAUGAAGUGCAUUAGUGUAGUAACAACCCUCCCAUCACAGGUUCUCGGUAUAUGCAUGAGUAAAGAACACAUUAGGAACAAUUCAUAUAGUUUUCUACUUCAGGUUAACUCUUAUGACACAAAAACAUUUGGAAGAAAUAUCAAUCCAAAUUAAAACACACUGAUUUCAUAUUGGAGUAAUGACAUAUGGUUUGAUCACAUUAUUUGCAGAAUGGUUCAAAGACAGGCUGUGAUAAGUAUACGUACUACUGCUGUAAAGCUUUAUGGUUUACUCUCAUUUGCAGUUACAAAUUUCCUCAUUCUGUGGUUCAAAUUGUCAGGAUCACGUGGUUAUACCAUGAAAGGUUUCAAAAGACAUUUUGUAAUGGCAGCUGCAUAUUAUGAAAGUAGUCUUUUUGUACAGUGUGUGACGUAGGAGAGGUAUGACAGAAUGAUAGGUUUACCUUGCUAUCAGCUGCUGUAUAGUACUUCAGUAGUGUAUGUAAAUGAAAGAUGUGGCAGUUAAAUUUGUGACCGAAUCCUAGAAAGUGAUAAAUGCUGGACUACUGAAUGUUAUUGGAAGUUAAACAUACUAGUAUUGGCAUCUUGUCAAACCUCACUUGCACAAAUUUGCAAUGACAUUUAUCAGAUGAGUGUCAAAGCACACAACUUUCGUGGUAGAAAUCCACAAUAGAAAGCUUCUUCACUCUCAAGUAUCAAAAACUCAGUAUUGAGAUUGGACCUGUUUCUUGUGGAAAACUGGAUGUUUCAUAAUCCAAAUACGUGCUUUAUUUUGGGAUGAUGGUAGUGUAAUUUGAGACAGUUUUUUUUGUAUUCAUAUCUAGUUCCAUUUCCUCCCUGUGAUUAGUGCAACCUACAUUUUGCUUUCAUUCUUCAGCAUGAAAUUGAAUUCUGACUCAUUUGAGAUUGGCCAUUUUAGUAACGGUGUACAGAAAUAGGCAAAAAUGAUGACUUUGGUUCAGCAACACAUCACAGCAAGUAGACAUUUAACCCAGUCAUGGAUUGUCACAUUUUUUUUCCAUUGCUAUCCAUGGAAGCGUGCGAUAGUGGGAGAAUGUAAUCUGCAGUUCUCUUAAGUUACCUGACAUGUCUUUGGAGGAAACUACUAUUUUCACUCCAUUUGGGAUAAAUUACAAAUGUUUAGAAACAAAAAGCAGUUGAGACACAACAGCAUUGUUGUUAAUAGCUUUUUGUGAAGAUGUAGCCCAACCGUUAACAGAACUAUUGCAGUAAAAGUAAUUUAUUUUAUUAUUCUGUUAUUAAAGUUGUAUUUGAAACAUUUCAUGUAUGAAACAAUAUGCUGUGGAUGAGAUAAUUUGUUAGAAAGAACUAGUCAGAAUAUGCUUUCACAUAUCAGUGCUCAGAUUGUCAAUGUUUCCAUUUAAAGUGAACUUUGUGGUAUUGAUGUUGUUUUGUGUUGCGAUAAAUACAUUUAAGUAUAGGUGAGGAAAUUAAGUGUGCUGUAAUAGAGGUUUUUAAAAUUCCAGCAUUGCCAUAGCAGUUUCAUGUUUAUGAGCUUUCAUGCUCCUGGAUUUGAAGGUAACUACAUUUUCAUAUUGCCCGUAUAGCAGUUCUAAAUUUUUCUUGUGUGUAAUGUCUUGCCAUUUUAGUAAUGUACAGUUUAUUUUCAGUUUUGUCUUCAAUUGUUCAUGUAUUUACUACUGCCCGUAUAGCAGUUCUAAAUUUUUCUUGUGUGUAAUGUCUUGCCAUUUUAGUAAUGUACAGUUUAUUUUCAGUUUUGUCUUCAAUUGUUCAUGUUUAUUUGUGUUUUUAAAUUAUGAUUUAGUAAUUUGUCUGAGAUCUUGUCAUUAGUCACUAGGAUUUAUUUUCAUCGUCAUCUCAUUUUGCAUGUUUAUGUGGAUUACAUUGUUUUCUGCAACUUUAUGAUGAGCUGAUGCUAUAACAGGUUUGAAAGGAACAUAGGACAUUAAGUAGAAACAUAUCUGUAACAGGACUGUGAUAAUAUAAUUUCAUCUACAAUAAGAAGGAACAGUGAUUCUGUACUGUGAUAAAGAAGUGUUACCUUUCAGAGCUGACUAGUGAGCAUCGUAAUUUCCUUACUAAAAAUCUGUAUUUUAGUGGCAAUAGUAUUACUUUCAGUACAGUAUUAUUCAUGUCAUAGUCGUCACAUAAAUUUAAUUUUUUAAAUAGUUCAUAUCAUCUAUUGGUGCUCCAAGAUUUACUAGGAAAAUUGCCUGAAAUCAUAAAGGUGCUCAGGACAUGUUCAGGACAUAUAUUAAACUGUGACUUUUUUGAUGCACUCUGUGGUAUUUUGUUGUAGAAGCAUAUGAAAGUAGUAUUGUGAGAAUAUAUCAGAAAUAAUGUGGAUUACUCAGAUUAUUGUUUUACAAACACAAUUUUACAGAUAUAUUUUUCACUUGUCAUAUAUGCAACGUUUUCCAAUCCAUAAUUUUAAUGUGUGAAUAGCAUAAAUUGCAUUUUAUGUGUUUCUGACUUUUGUACUGACUUUUAUAUAUAUAUAUAUAAAUUAAUUAAAUUAGAAAAUAUAUGCUGAAAUAUUUAUGGAA